CGCCGCCCGCCCGGCCCACGUGAGCCCAUCGACGGGUCACUGCUUGAAGAUCAGGGUCACUUGCUCACCUCUGCCCACACAUGUUGCUGCCUUCCGUACCCGUCAUCGCCAUCCCCCCGCGGGGUAACUGGGAAGAGGACGUCGUCACCUUACGACACUCAAGCCACAUAAGACCAAGUCUCAAGUCAUGAAGAGCCUUGUCUCGUCCACAGUCGCAGUUUCUGGCAUGGUGUCCUUUGGCCUCGCCUAUCAGCUAGAACCAGGUCCUCCCACCACAUCGGUCCCAGCCGGACCGACUGCAUAUUCCAUGCAUCCGGCUCCAGCUCUCUCUCCUAGUGCCAAAACGCGAUACCUGACAUGCCCUAGUCAACCAGCCUUCCCCGAUCCUGGCAGAAGCCAUCUCAUCUCUCCUCCUUCACCUCUAAAGAUAUACAAGCCAACCUGCAGCACUACUAUCAAACCCGUCCCCAUAAAAAUAGACGACCCGUGACCUCUUCCAAUCUUGAUCAUCAUCAUCAUCAUCACGGCGAGGAAGGUGGGUGCUCGUGGGGGCACUCGUGCCAGAAGUUGCUGCUUACCAUGGCACCGAGACCACCCAAGACAAAGCUGACAAGGCGCGCCCAGUUGCCCAAGGGGCGUGUCAGCUGACUGGGUUCAUGUCAUUCAUUUAACCCAGGU